AUGGUUUCUGGGAAAGUUGAGAAACAAGAUAAUAAAAAAUUUCUCUGCACUUUCAGAGGUUGCAACAAAGUAUUCUCUCGCUCUGAUCACCUCUCAAGACACAAACUUACGCAUUCCGGGCCAACACUUGAAUGUUCAUAUCCCGGUUGUAAAAGACUAUUCACCAGGUCAGACAUUAAGCGAAAGCAUGAGUUGAUUCAUAACAAAAAGGUGGAAACUAAAUUUAUCGAUUACGAGAGCCCUAGUCAUAACAAAGUGCACCACGAAAUUAAAAGUGAUGACACGAUUGAGGAGAAGAAAUCUGAGGACGUGCCAAAACUCAGACAGGGUAAAAUGGAUCUAUCAGGAUUCAAUGCUGAACUAGACAAUACUCAUAUUAGUAAGCUCAUAGAUUGGGGCUUAAAAUCCUUCAAUUCUUGUGCAAUAAUUGGUUUUGAAUCCAGCUCGUCAUUGGUAAUGGAAAAGUACAUCGAAGGUAUAGAACCCAAUUCCUUACUUUUGCUGAAAUCUGAAAGUAUAUAUGGUCACACUGAAAUGAAAGAUUGCUAUGAGAAAGUUGUCGACUUGGUCCCUCAGUUAAAAGAUACUAACUGUUUCAACAAAGAGCUACUACAUAAAUACUUGGAGUCGUACUGGACUAUAUUUCACCCGCAGUAUCCCAUACUCCAUCGACCCUCUUUUUGUGCCGAGUCAUGUCCUAAUGUAUUAUUAUUAGCAGUAGUUCUACUGGGGGGGUUUUAUUCGUCUAAAAAUGAUAAAUCAGAAAACAAUAAACUUAUCAUGAAAAAUAUUGAGGCAAAAGUUUGUACUUUAUUUCAAGAGCCAGAAAUAUUGAAUAUUACAGAUCUCACCACUAUUCAAAGUACCAUGUUGUAUGAAGUUUAUGAAAUCAGCAACUCCUCCACCUUCUGUGAACCUCGUUUCGUAUCGGACAGACUAAAAUUUCAGGUUUUGAAAUCGUUAAUUAACUCAGAAUAUUUACAAUGUCCUAAUCUUGGGGAGACUGGCACAAAUUACUUUAUAGAUGACUGGAUUUUGCGAGAAUCGCUGAGGAGGGUGUUUUUCAUGGCAUUAUGUGUAGAUACAAUAGAAUCUUUUUUCAUGGGCACUGAAAACUUACUACCAGGAGACAUUGCUGCUUUGAAAAUUCCUUGUUCUGAACAUUUAUGGGAAGCCACGCAAAUAAGCCCAAUUGAGUUUAGAAAAGAACUAGUAGGUAUAUCACUACAUACUGGGCUGAAAAAGAUGUACCGAAGGGAAGUUCUGAAUGCCGGUUGUUUUGCGAUGAAUGCAAUAGUAGCAGGACUGGUAAAUAUAUUAAGGAAACUAGAGCGAUUGACGGAGGUGUCUUCCUUAGUAAGUAUUGGUGAAGUUUACCUCUUAAGAAAUCAAACUAUAGACGCCUUAAUAUUUUGGGAGGGGGUCUUGACGAAACACAGGGAAUCUUAUAAUUCUCUAGCUUGGGAGCUAUCAUAUUGUACUCUUUCUCUAGGAGUGAUGUUUUCAUCCAUAAAUUUAGAAGAUAUCCAGAUUUUCAUUGGACUUUCUAAAAGAAAUGCCAGAAUGUACGAAAAAACUUUAGAAGCGAUCAUUGAGUGGGAUCAUAGUGGACAUGCAUAUACCUCAGUCAUAUAUUCAAUUAGGGCUCUUUCUCAAAUUUUGACAUCGUUGCAUGAAGAUGGAAAAACAUUAUUAGAUUACGCCCCUUCCGAAGAUGUGAUUUAUCAAAGAUCCAAGGUUCUGUUGUCGGUUAUUAUGUUACUUACUGUGUACACAUUUGGAGUAUUUGGACCAGAAGACGGAUUUGAGUUACCGGGAAGUAACAAUUUAUCAGAAAGCAGUUCCGACUGGCUAGCAAAAGUGGAAAGUGGACUAUUUUUGCAAACAAAUUUUUUCUUGAGAGAAAAAUUAAGUGGUAAUUUCAGCUUUGAUAAAACUAUGAUUGACUCCUUUGUUAAAAAAAUCGGAAAUGUUCCAGAAAUAGGUUACAUUGAUAGUUUGAUUCGGAUCAUGAAGUUUGUUUAUUUAAAAGAUAAUUCAGAAAAAUCUAAGUUUUUUUUGAAUCUCUUGGAUUUAUGCAGAAAUAGAAAGAAAAGUACGAAUGCUCUAGUUUUUUAUGCAUCAGGGCAUGGUUUUGGUACUCUAUGA